AUGUCUAAAUAUGCUUUUGGAAUGAAAAAGAUGUUGUACUUGGGGCACAUCAUUAGUGCUGAGGGUGUUUGUAUGGAUCCAGAUAAGAUCGGGGCUAUUAUGGAUUGGCUUCCACUGAAGAAUGUUUCUGAACUAAAGGGAGUCCUUGAGUUGUGUGGAUUUUACAACCACUUUGUGAGGAUAUUUUCUCAGACUGCUACACCCCUUACAAACUUGACUAGGAAAGAUGGAUUUGAGUGGACAGAUAGCGCUCAACAAUUUUUUGAUAGAUUUAAGGAGUUGAUGAGAACAUGUCCAGUGUUAGCUAUUCUAGAUUUCAGCAAGCCUUUUGAGUUGCAUUGUGGCACUUUGGGAGAGGGCCUUAGUGCGGUAUUGAUGCAAGAUAGACACCCAAUCACUUAUGAGAGCAAAAAAUUAAGGGGACUUGAGAAGAGGGACUUGAGAGGAGUUGCAACAUUGAGUGGUAUUUAUGCAUGCCUUAGCGAAAUUCAGACAGUAUGUGGUGGGCAGCAAGUUUACCGUCAAGACAAAUCAUAA